CCAAGAGCACAGCGACCGCGACGGCUGCAAUGGAAAUCAGCACACACAACGGAAGCGCGCUGCUUUGUUGUGAUGACUCGCCAAACGUGCUGGCUCUCCAGCCUCUCUGGGACUUUGUCCGAAGGCGGGAGGACUUGAUUAAGUCUCCGUUCUUCCCGGCGCUGUUCAACUUUGCAAUCUAUACGGCUUUCUGCCUGCCUUUUCUCGCUCUGGAUUUGUUAAGCCCUCGGAUCUCCGUCUUGAGGAAGUAUAAAAUCCAGCCGCAGACGUCGCCUACCCCGCAGAUGAUGGUUCUUUGCUUGGCCCAGAGCAUCUAUCACCACCUCGUGUGCAUCUUCCCCGUGACUGUUGCGCAUUGGUACUGGAGGCCGGUGAGCCUGCCCAGCAUCGCUCCCGAGGUACCAGCGCUUCUCCUGCAGCUCGCUGCUUGCCUGCUGCUGUUCGACUUCUUCUCCUUUUUGUGGCAUUUGCUCCAUCACAAGGUGCCAUGGCUCUACAAACAUUUCCACAAGGUCCACCACAAGCACGUCUCUACCUUCGCUCUCACCACCCAGUAUGCCAGCGUUUGGGAGCUGCUCUGGCUGGGUUUCUUUGCUGUCCUUGGUCCAAUGCUGUUGAGGUGUCAUCCGUUGACGGAAAUGACUUUCUUCGUGGCCAACAUCUGGUUGUCAGUAGAAGAUCAUUCUGGCUAUGACUUGCCCUGGUCAACCCACAGACUGGUGCCUUUUGGCCUGUAUGGAGGAGCUCCUCACCACGAUCUCCACCACCUGAAGUUCAAGUUCAACUAUGCACCUUACUUUACACACUGGGACCGGUUAUUUGGGACUCUUACUCAGGCUGUGAAUCCAAGCAAAGUCAAGGUCAACCAAGACUGAUUUUUUAAAAAAAAUCUCCAUCUUUCACCUUAUAUUUCCCGGAGCCAAUAUUUGAAAACUCUGGUGUGAAAACAAACUGAGGAAAUUUGCACUGAACUUAUUUAUGCGAAUAUAUUUAUAAAGAUGUUAAUAUUUAUAGUUUGGGAUUUGAUUGUAAUGACACAAACUGCGUGAAAGAGAGAAAAACAAUGAUUUUUUUGCGGGGGGGAGGAUAUCUCUGCUUUUAUAAAGCUGCUAUACAUAAUUGACUAAUAUAUACAUCUGCUGGCUGAAGAUCCAUAUUUAUAUAAUUAUAUAUUACAUAUAUAAUUCCUAUGGAAUUUGUCUCAUCUUCACAUUGAGGGA